AUGGCUAAUAGGGGAACUUGGAUUCGUAUUUAUAAAGAACUUAGAAGAACCGCAAAUCAAGUAAGUUAUGGUGUAAAUUCCAAGUUUUUUAGUUCCCGCAGUACAAUUACCGCGAGUUUGCUGGACGUCGGAUCAGAGAUUACUUUGAGGCAAACAAAGGAAACACUAACCAAGAUCAGCUGAGAGUUCUUCAUAUUGUCAGUUGAUCGUAUAUAAAAUAAUUUAUUUUUAGGAAGCCUUGGAGAAUCUUGACAAAUUGAAACGACAAGUAGCUGUCUCAAAGCAGUAUCCCUACAGACCCUUGGUUAUUGAGAAGCCUAAGCCGGCUUCGUUGUAA